UGGCCGCCGCCUGCAUCAGGAAUCCUCCCAGGGAGCCUCGGUCUCUCGGUCUCUUCUCCUCCGCAGGGAACAACAUGUCGUGUUUCUCGCUCUGGACUCUGGUUCUUCUCACCCUGACACUCAGCCGGGCUUCUGCCGACGAUGACCACGAAAUGGAGGAGUUCCUGAAGCGGGAGUAUUCCCUCUCCAAGCCGUACCAAGGUGUGGGAUCCCUGGGCUCCUCCCACUGGGAGCUGAUGGGGGAUGCCAUGGUAACCACCGAGCAGGUGCGCCUCACACCUGACAUGCAGAGCAGACAGGGGGCGGUGUGGGGCCGCAUGCCUUGCCACCUGAAGGACUGGGAGAUGCAGGUUCACUUUAAGAUCCACGGGAAAGGAAAGAAGAACCUGAAUGGAGACGGGCUGGCCAUUUGGUACACGAAGGAACGCACGCAGAAAGGUCCUGUGUUUGGAAAUAUGGACAACUUCACCGGCCUGGGUGUGUUUGUGGACACGUACCCCAACGAGGAGAAGCACCUUGAGGCACAGAAGAAGAGAUACAGUCCUCGCACACAGAGGAUCUUCCCCUUCGUUCUGGCCAUGGUGGGGAACGGCAGCAUCAGCUACGACCACGAGCGGGACGGGCGGCCCACCGAGCUGGGGGGCUGUAACGCCAUGGUGCGCAACCUCAAACACGACACCUUCCUCUUCAUCAGAUACGUGCGCCGCAGGCUGACCGUGAUGAUAGAUAUCGACGGGCAGCACGAGUGGAGGGACUGCCUGGACAUCCCCGGGGUGCGGCUGCCAGAAGGUUAUUACUUUGGAGCGACCGCCGUCACCGGAGAUCUCUCAGACAACCAUGAUAUAAUUUCCCUGAAACUCUACCAGCUGACUGUGUUGAGGAGUAAAAAGGAAGAGCAAGAGGAAGAGGAAGACCAAAUAACCAUACCCAGUGUUGAUAACAUGGACCUGCUCAGAUUGGAACUGGUUGAAGAGAGGAUGAGUGGGGUCGCCAUUUUCUUCACAGUGCUCUUCUCCAUGCUGGGCUUUAUCUUCCUCAUCGUCAUCGGCCUGGUGGUGUACGGCCACUGGAAUGAGAGCCGCCGCAAGCGGUUCUACUGAGGCGCGAGCAGAGACGGGGAAAAACAAAAAGUAGGUGACGUGCUACUGUCCGGUGGUCCUCGGACCCCGACCCGCACUGAAGGGAGACGCUACUGUCGGCCAGCAGAGCGCAGCAGCUUGUUGUGUCCUGACAGGAGAUGGAGUAUCACCUGCUACAGAAAGCCCUUCUCCCGCUCUGCUACAGAUUGUCAUGAAGCAGCAGGAGGACACGCACCCACUUGGCCUUAUCGUCCCCGUCCUCUGGAUUUGUUACACGCAGGACAUUACAUGACCUUUUGUGAGCGGCUGCAUUUUAUUUAUUUUUCAUUACCUUUCCCUGCUUUUGACGGAAAUUGAAAAAACACACAAUUUAAACCAAUUUCUACUUCACCACGUUUUGGUUUUAAGGCUUUGAGAAUUCUGAAUAAAUAUAAGUACCUGGAGAUCUGUUGUUUGACCUCAUGUGCCAACCAAAUAAUACUGAUGUCAUCUUUACUGCAGCUCCCUGCUAAGUAAAGACACAUCUAUCAUUUCAACUCUAUGUAUGAACUAUAAUUAGCUGUAUAUUCUGACUCUGUAGUUGCUGUAGUUUGCAUGACAUUCUGAGGUAAUAUUUUUUUAUGAAUUGUCCACACUGCCACACUUGUCUCUUGUUUACACUGAGCUUCAGCGUUUUGUGUGUUUGUGUGCAGCCUAUGAAAACUUGACUUCUGCCUCAUUGGUGCAUGUGCUGAUAAAGAUUUGAGUAUGUCUAGGAAAUAUUUAGCUCCAAUUAAAUUUAUAUCAAUAUUGUUUAAAGACUAUAUUUAUAUUUCAGCAGGGCUCAUUUCUGUUGAUUUAAUAAGUUUACAUGAGCAGAUUUGAUCAAAGUCCUGAUCAGUUUACAGUAAAUUCUUCCAAAUAUAUUUAAAAUACGAUUUUAGACUUCACUAACUGUGAUUUUUAGAAAUGUAUCUUUGCACUGAAGAGAGAAUUGAAGGUUAUUAAAUAAUACAUUUUUACAAGCUGUCUUUUUACCCUGCAACAGAUGCUUCCUGUCUCUGCACAUUGAACACUGCAGUGACCUUUUGUUUGUGCUUUUUGUGUUGCAUGUAUAAACAUCACCUGUUUUCCUGUGAAGUGCGUCAUACAGUGAAUGUUUCUGCAGUGGAGCCAACAAACUCGCUGGUUUGGCCACAGGCUGCCUCUGAUAGAUAGAUAUAUAUAUAUAUAUAUAUACUGUACUGUAAGACUGAGCCGGCGGUUGUUGGCUCUUCUUUACGUUCUGGAAAUGAUUCCAAGCCUCAUGUCAACAUCAAUUAUGUUUUAUGUGCUGCUUUGUUUUUGAUUGUGCAAUGUAGGAGGACUCACUCAUCUCCUGUAGCCACUUUGACAAGACACUCUACCUUAAUUAUAUUUACCUCCAUCAAAUCCAUUUGACCUGUCUAUUUUUCUUUUUGUUUGUUUGUUUGUAAACAAGAUUACUCAGAACAACUGAAUAGAUUUCUACGAAACAUGGUGGAAGGAUGCGGUAUGGGUUAUGGAAGAAACUGUUACAUUUUUGUGCAGAUCUAGAAAAGGGGUGGAUCCAGGAAUAUUUCUGUGUUUUUUUGUUGUGGCUUUUGUUUUUGCGAUUUCUGAAAUUUCCCAGGGAAUAAUUCAUUAAUCUAGAUUAGAAGAAUCCAGCAUAUUAAUUGGACUGAUAUUUAUGAUUGUGUACAAUAUAGUGUAGCUUGACUGAAUCUAAUGGGACUGUUGGGCCUGGGUGGAGGUAUCCGCUCUAUUGAGUGCCAUUCUAGUUUUAUUCUAUCGUUUGUUGUUUCCAUGAAGACUGUGCCUCAUGCAUCCAUUUUAUUUUAGAAACAUUUUGUGUUGCUUUGUCCAAAACUAUUUGCAUUGCCCCAUUAAAAACCAAACAGACCUUGCCUUA